GAUUUGUACAAACAGAAUUUCAUGGUGAUGAUGAAGAUCAUGAAGAUUUCGCAGAUAGGUUCAUAUCAUAUAUUACUUUGGCUAAAGAGUUAGAAAAUGUACUUGAUAACUCUGAUAUAGGUGCAACAAUAGCACAUAUUUAUGGUACUAAUGCAGGAGGUAUAACGGGUACAGUCGCUUCUUUCCCAAAUGUUCUACUUGGACUUACAGCGGGAGGAUGCCUAACUAAUGCAGUACCAGUUGCACCAAAUGCUAGAGGAGGUGUUUCUAUUAUUCUAGCAGGAAUGCGAUCUGGACAAAGGCUUUGGUGGAUAAAAAAACAUUAUCCAACUGCUAAUAAAUAU